GGGGCGGUGGGACCCGUCUCCUUUGUAUCCUCCACUGCCGCCCCGUCCUUGCCCUCCUCUCCCAUUCGCUCGCCUACGCUGGAUUCCUCUCGGGAACCGCCGAAAGGAAGAAAGUGGCGGGGACAGCGACAGACGCAUGCAGGGGGAGAGGGUUCUUCCUGAAGAAGUAAUGGGAAGCUAGGAUCGGAUGUGGUGGUGCUCCUUCUCCGGUGGCUGGAAUCCAUGGAGACGAAGAGAUUUUCCACAAGUAAAGAGAAGAGGAUCAGAAGAAAGGAGGUACUUGAGAAGAAAAAAGCAAUCGAUGAAAUUAUAAAGAAGGCAUCAUCUGUCAAGGACCAUCUACUUUCCUUUCCACCCUUCUGUCAUUAUGAAAGAAAUGGACUUUCAGUUUACUUGGAAUCAGGAAUUGGAGACCAACUUCCCUCUCCUAUUAAGAAAUACAUUCAAAAUCUUCUUAAGGCCAAUAUGGAAGGUCCAUAUGGUUCAGAGUGGCAAAUGGAAGAGAAAGUGAAACGAAGGGAAAUGGUUUCACCUGAAGCACGAUAUAUAUUUGUGCGACAAUCAACAAAUGCAGCGUCUGAUGAAAAUCCCCUGGCCAAAAAUGGGGAAAGACUCUAUACUGGUCAGACAGGUGAUCAGAAUCAUCUGGUUGGUUUUGUGCAUUACCGGUUUAUUGUCGAGGAAGAUAUUCCUGUUGUUUAUGUAUAUGAGCUACAGCUGGAGGCUUGUGCACAAAGGAAGGGACUAGGAAAGUUCCUGAUGCAAUUAAUUGAACUUAUUGCUCAUAAGAAUCGCAUGGGAGCUGUGAUGCUGACAGUACAAAAAGCUAAUGUCUUAGCCAUGAAUUUCUACACAACUAAGCUGAGAUAUACAAUCUCAACCAUUUCACCAUCACGAGUGGAUCCACUGAUUGGAGCUGAGAAAAGCUAUGAGAUUCUAUGCAAGACAUUUGAUUCUGAAGCCAAAGCGAAAUUGGAGGAAAAGCAGCAGGAUGAUGGAUGAAUGGUGCCUUAUUAUAGAAUUAGUGCCGGAUGAGAUUUGUUGCUAAAAGAAUGAAAGACAUGCAUUUCCAAUUCAAUUGGAUGUUGAAUUUCCUUAUUACUUGGGCUAAAUUUUGUCCCACACUCCAUAGCCCAUUAAUGUAAUAGAAACUUCACAUAUAUUUCCCCAAGUAGCACAGAACUUGUGUACAUUUACUUGAUGUUAUAAUGCAAUGUUUUCUACCAAAUUAUUUA